AUGUCAUGGUCCAAAGUGAGCGAACAACGAUAUGAACGUCCACUCGGCGAAAAUGAAACGUUCAUCAAGAUCCUUGGUGAUGCCGCCCGUCCGUUCAAUCGUGAACACUGGGCUAUUAACAUCAUUGCCUCGGUGACCCCGCUAGGCUCACUCGCCAAGGAAAAUCAAUACUCUCUCUUCCGCGAAGCAUGGAAGGCUUUGCGUUUCCGUCACCCCACGAUCGCCGCCUAUCUCGUAGACGAAACGAAAUAUGUCUACGAUAUCCCCGAUCUUACGGCACUUGAGAAAUGGACGGCGGAAACCUUUCAGGUGAUUGAGGACAAGACGGCCGAUGAAGUCAUCGCAUCUUCCACACGUGUUCCAUAUGCUACUAUGACCUUUUUCCCCCAGACGGGUGAGCUAUUGGGCCGCUCGCAACACUGGAGAACGGACGGCAUCGGUGGUUUGAUUCUAAUGGACGACUUCCUUGACCUAGCCGCGCAGUCUGCUAUAGAUACUUCCUCCCUGCCAUGGGGUGAAGAGACCGUCCGCUUAGCGCCGUGUGUUGAGGAAGCGUCGUCCAGUUUUAUAACGUCGGAGGAGCAAGAUAAGCAACUAGGCCAACAGUGUGUUGCAACUUUUGGUCAUGCCGCCGGGGCCAUCGGAAUCGCCUCUCGCGCACCAGCCGAGACUUCCCCAGGUGGCACCUGCAUUAGCCGUCUUCAUCUCACUGAGCAAGAGACAAAGGCCGUAGUACAAGGUUGCAAGGCUCGGAACCUCUCGGUAACAGCAGCAGUGCAUGCGUCAAUUGCCGGAGCCAACUAUGCGCUAGCUACUGCUGAUGAUCAGAACAAACACUAUACGAGUACGAUACGUUACAGUCUACGCCCGUUCCUACCAGAGCCAUACUCUGGUCGCCAGUAUGCCAGCACAAUCUUCACGACAGGUUGGAUGUUCCCUGUUUCGUCCAAGUCGUCAUGGUCAGACCGAGCAAAGGCAUACCAUGACGAGUACCGCAGAGGCCUAAGUCAUGCAUACAUUUCGGCGCAUCGCGAAUACGCUAUUGGGCUAUGCAACCUUCUUCGCAGCUUGCCGCCGGACACCCCUUCAUCGACCGAUGUGGACAUCAGCAGCCUCGGUGUGUGCGAGAGGUUUGUGGCGAGAGAAAAGGGAACUGCAGAGAGGGGAAUUCGCAUCGAUCGAAUCUCAGGCGGCUUGGAUAUGAUCAAUAGACAAUCUGUGUGUCAUGUGUGGACUUUUCGAGACCAGCUUUGUUUGAACUUGGCAUAUAAUGAGGCAUUUUAUGACAGGGCGGAGGGGGAUUCCUUUUUGCAGAUUGUUAAAAACUCCCUGCUGCAUGAAUUGAGGUAG